AUGGGUCGAUUCGACAAAGGCCCGUCUAAACCUUCGUUGGUGUCGUCGCAAGCUCGAGUGUCGCUCAUCUCUACGUCGCUGACGUCGUGGACUCACCAGCCCGCUAAACCGGGAGGAUCUGAGACAAGAUUCUUGCCUUCAGAGUUUGGAAAUGACGUGGAUUGCGUCCAUGCUGUGGAGCCAGCAAAAGCUACUCUUGCCAUCAAAGGUAAGAUCGGCGGCAUUGUUGAGGCCGAGGGAAUCCCUGAUAUCUAUGUAUGUUGUAACAGUUUUGCAGGUUACAUCCUUCCGACAUUGGCACAGCUUGAGGCUAUAGUUCCCCCUAGAGAUAAAGUAGUCAUCUCAGAAGAUGGAAAUGUAAAAGCAGUGAUUAAUAAGGAGGAUGACAUCAGCACCUAUACCAUCAAAGACGUGGAUGAUCCGAGGACCUUAAACAAAUUUCAGUACAUCAAACCUCCUGCCAACACCUACUUGUUUAGUGAUCUCGUGUCUUUGUGGGAGAGAAAGAUCAGCAAGACCCUGGAGAGGGUUUAUGUUCCAGAGGAGCAAGUUCUAAAGAACAUUCAAGAGGCGGCAGUUCUGCUCAAUGUGAUAUUGGCCAUAUCUCAUUCUGUUUUCUUGAAAGGAGACCACACCAACUUUGAGAUUGAGCCGUCUUUCGGAGUGAAAGCUUCAGAGCUCUAUCCCAACAUCAAAUACAUGACCGAGAAUCAGUACCUUAAUCAAUUUGUUUGA